AAUAAGAAGAGUCACUGGCCUUUGUUUCCUCGCCCGUUACUUACCGUUCUCAGCUCUCUUUCUUUCCUUUCUUGAGUUCGAAUUUCGGGUUUAGGGUUUCAGCGAUGACGACGAUGGAGAGCUUGAUCGGCCUGGUGAACCGUAUUCAGAGGGCGUGCACGAUGCUUGGGGACUACGGCGGCGGCGCCGACGGCGCUCUGCCGACCCUCUGGGAGGCGCUUCCCUCCGUCGCCGUCGUCGGCGGACAGAGCUCCGGCAAAUCGUCGGUUUUGGAGAGCGUCGUUGGGCGAGAUUUCUUGCCGCGUGGUUCUGGAAUCGUGACGAGAAGACCGCUGGUACUGCAGCUUCACAAGACAGAGGAGGGGAAGCCAGAAUAUGCUGAGUUUCUUCACUUGCCAAAGAGAAUAUUCACCGAUUUCUCUCUUGUGCGAAAGGAAAUUCAAGAUGAAACAGACAGGCUUACAGGCAAAACCAAACAAAUUUCUCCUGUUCCAAUACAUCUUAGCAUUUAUUCUCCCUUUGUUGUGAACCUAACACUUAUUGAUCUCCCUGGUCUAACAAAGGUUGCUGUAGAAGGGCAGCCUGAUAACAUUGUGCAAGAUAUUGAAAAUAUGGUGCGGUCAUAUGUUGAGAAGCCAAACUGCAUAAUAUUAGCUAUUACCCCUGCCAAUCAGGAUAUUGCAACCUCAGAUGCCAUCAAGCUUGCUAGGGAAGUUGAUCCAACAGGUGAAAGAACGUUUGGGGUGUUAACAAAACUUGAUUUGAUGGAUAAAGGAACUCAUGCACUCGAUGUUCUUGAAGGAAAAGCCUAUAAGCUUCAGCAUCCAUGGGUUGGAAUUGUCAACCGCUCUCAAGCAGAUAUCAAUAAAAAUGUUGAUAUGAUUAUUGCCAGGCGAAAAGAAAAGGAGUAUUUUGCAAAUAGUUUAGAUUAUUCACAUUUAGCUAGUAAAAUGGGUUCGGAAUAUCUUGCUAAACUUCUUUCAAAGCAUUUGGAAUCUGUAAUCAGGGCUCGAAUUCCUAGCAUUACAUCUUUGAUAAACAAAACCAUAGAUGAACUUGAAUCAGAGAUGGACAAUCUUGGCAGACCUAUUGCUGUGGAUGCUGGGGCUCAAUUGUACACCAUAUUGGAACUGUGCCGUGCAUUUGAUAAGAUAUUCAAGGAACAUCUAGAUGGAGGUCGCCCUGGUGGUGAUCGAAUCUAUGGGGUCUUUGAUCAUCAGCUCCCUGCUGCUUUGAGGAAGCUUCCAUUUGAUCGUCAUCUUUCCCUACAAAAUGUGAAGAAAGUCGUCUCAGAAGCAGAUGGUUAUCAACCACAUCUGAUUGCUCCUGAGCAAGGUUAUCGCCGCUUGAUUGAGAGUUCUUUGAAUUAUUUCAGAGGUCCUGCUGAAGCAUCAGUUGAUGCUGUACAUUUUGUUCUCAAGGAUUUGGUACGGAAGUCCAUUGGAGAGACACAGGAGCUGAAGAGAUUCCCUAGUCUCCAAGCCGAACUUGCCGCUGCUUGUUAUCAAGCUCUCGAAAGGUUCCGUGAAGACAGCCGAAAGACUGCGAUCCGAUUGGUUGACAUGGAAGCAUCCUAUUUGACAGUUGACUUCUUCAGAAAGCUCCCGCAGGAUAUUGAGAAAACUGGGAAUCCUUCCACUAUCACUGCUGACCGAUACUCUGAAGGACACUUCAGGAGGAUAGCCUCUAAUGUAUCCUCCUACAUAGUAAUGGUUUCUGAAAUGCUCAAGAACACACUCCCGAAGGCUACAGUCCAUUGUCAAGUCAGAGAAGCCAAACGCUCUUUGCUCAACCACUUCUACACCCAAAUAGGAAGAAAAGAGGGAAAGCAGCUAUAUCAGCUGUUGGAUGAAGAUCCUGCUCUAAUGGAGCGCAGAGUGCAGUGUGCCAAGAGGCUGGAGCUAUACAAAAAUGCAAGAGAUGAAAUUGAGGCAGUAUCUUGGGCUAGAUAAAGUUUAUGUUUUAGUUUAUCGACAUCAAUUAUCUUUGUAUGACUUUUCUAGUGCAUCAUCUCCUUCUCAUUUGCAAAUUAAGAUCUUUCCUUCUUCCCUGCUUCUUGUUGGCUUGUCUGUUUAGUAUUUUCAUUGUAAGAUUAUGUUUGUUUUGUAGCCCAAAUAUUUUAAUCGAUCCAUUCUGUGGAAAUAGUUUAAAUAUAAUUCAGUAGAAAAUGUUCUCGAGAA